AUGUCACCAACAUCAUCAAGAAGAAAUGCUCAACAUAAUUUAUCAACAUCCUUAUUAGCAUCAUCUUCUCAAACAUCAAUGCUUUGGAAUAUUCAAUAUUUAGAAUCGUUGAUGAAAUUUAUCAAUGAUAGUCGAAAUUCACAAACUAUUAAGCUACAAAGUCGUAUCAAUCAUUUCAAUUCAAAAAUGUUUGCUAAAAUUGAAAAUAUGAAAAUGGAACGUAAUCGUAUACUUUAUGAAAAUGAAACAAAAAUGAAAAAUUGA